GAUGAGGAUGUAUGAUGAUGAUGAACUGCUAUGCUUCCUGGUGAUAUUGGUCUACAAAGAUAAUCCUCUUCAUCUAGUAUACUUUCAAUUGGUAUUAUUACUCUUGAAUAUGGUGGUGGUGAAUAAAAUACUUGUUGCUGUUGGGUUUGCUGUUGUUGAGAUUGUUGAGGUUGGGGUAUUGGGGAUGUAGAGUAUUGCUUGGUUGUAGUUGUUGUAGUUGUAGUUGUUUCAUAUUGACUUAACUCUUCAUUCUAAUUAUUGUUAAGAAAUUAAUUAAUAUUUGCUAAAAUAUAAUAAAAAUUUGUAGUAAAAUUUUUAUAAAAAAUAUUUACACUUAAAUAAGAUUUAUUAAUUCUUUGUUGAAACCCUGUGUUAUUGCUGUUAUUAUUAUUUGACUCCAUUUUAAUAGAGGAAAAAUACUUUUUUUUUUUUAAAAAAAAGAAAAAAUGAAAAAUAAAUAAAGAAAACUAAAAAAUUGUUUUAUUACUGCUAUUAUAAUUCUUUUUGUUUUAAUAUUUUAAUAAAAAAAAAUUCUGUGUAUGUGUAUAUAGAUUAAAUAUUGAAUAUUAGAUAUUAAAUUAUUAUUAUAAUAUGAUAUUUGUUGGGUUUUAUUUUAAAAAAUUGAUCUGAUAAUCAAUUUCAAUAUAUUUAUUAUAAUAAUAAGAUAUCUUUUUAUUAUUAUUUUAUUUUGAUUUAAUAUUUUUUUUUAAUAUAUAAAGUUUUAUAACUUUUUUUUUUAAAAAAAAAAAAAAAAAUAUUAUUAUUAUAAAAGUAAUUAUUUAUAAAUAUAUUUAUAUAUAUAUAUAUAUAUAUAAAAAUAAUAGUGUU